AGUCCUAUGUUUGCACAAUGUGUGUUCUAAACGUACAUUUAGACAAGUUUUAUUCUAGAAUCACGGAAUCAUGACAAUCGCCUUUAGAACGAUAAAUAAGUUGCUUGUGCCUGUCGCCGGCAACGUAUUUUGCUUAUUUCGUGCUCAAUUAAGUACAGUUAAAAUGGCUGAUAAUAACCCGGACUACAAGGCGGCUAAGUCCAUCCAUGAGUUCACAGUGAAGAACAUUAAGGGAGAAGAAGUCAAGCUCGACGUUUACAAAGGUCAUGUCUGCAUCAUCGUGAACGUUGCAUCUCAGUGUGGCCUUACUGCAAACAACUACAAACAACUCAACGAGCUGUACGAAAAGUAUGCCGAAAGCAAUGGACUUCGCAUUUUGGCGUUCCCAUGCAACCAAUUUGCUGGACAAGAACCUGGAAACCCGGAGGAAAUUGUUUGUUUCGCCUCAGAGAGGAAGGUCAAGUUCGACUUAUUUGAGAAGAUUGAUGUUAACGGCGACAGCGCCCAUCCCCUGUGGAAAUUCUUAAAGAACAAGCAAGGAGGCACUCUGGGGAACUUCAUCAAAUGGAACUUCACAAAGUUCAUCGUUGACAAAGAGGGUGUCCCAGUAGAGAGGCAUGGGCCUAACACCGACCCACUUGACUUAGUCAAGUCACUGGAGAAAUACUGGUAGAGGGGACCAAACUACAAAAUACAUGUUAAUUCUUAACAUUCCUGGGUAAUCCCGGUAUCGUUCACACGUUCAAUAUUUAUAUUCUAAGUUAAAGUGUGUAAAAACGUUUAUUUAUGUUUUAAGGUCACUGAAAUUAAUAAAAAGUUUGUUAGUAAA